AUGAAUAAAUUUUAUAUUAAAAUUGGUUUUUUUCUUUUAAGAAUUUCUGUAUAUGUGAAUAAUAAAACCCUUGCAACUGAACCAGUUCCAAAAAAAGAUACACCAUCCAAACCAUUACAUUAUUCUACUUCAAAAGAAAUAUAUGAAAAAAACAAGCACUUAUUAUGUACCAAACCAGAAGAAAUUACAGAAGCAGUCGAACUUAUGAACGAAGCUGUAACACAUUUAGAAUAUCAUGCUACAAGUAAAGAUUAUAAAUUAUGUUUAAAAUAUCCUAAUAAUAAUACACUUUUUUAUAAAAAAAAAUAUGAAGACAAUACAAAUGUUGAAAAAAUCCAUUUUAAAAUUUAUAAUUCCGACAUGUAUAAUGAUAUAAUAAACAGGUUAUGGGAUCCAGAUCAUCCCAAUUUUUUCAAUACUGGCUCUGUUAAAAUUGCCCGCGUGUACAAUCCAAAUUUAGUAAUGAUACAACAACGUUACGAAAAUGAUUCUAGUACUCGUCAGAAAUAUUUUUAUGCUUUAGCUGCAAAGACUGAAAUAUCAGAAGACAAAACUAUAAUUGUCAUAACUUCGGCAGAUAUAAAUGAUCAUCACCCUUCCAAUAAAAAAUAUAAAAACACAAUAAUAGAAAACGCAAAUUUAUUCAAAACUGACAUUGAUUCUGAAGAUGAUAUUAGAAAUGGAAGAUUAAAAAAAACGUAUGUUAAUAUAGCUGGAUACCUCAUUAAAAAUAACGACAAAUUUAUUGAUAUCACCUAUGUCGAAUCUAUUGAUGGACAUGUUCUCAGUUACCCAAGACGCAUUAUUAAAAAAGCUUUAGAAUAUUUUUUCCUUCAUAUAUGUUUUUCAGCAUCGUAA